AGUUUGACCCAAAGAAAGAAGACAAAACAGCGCGAACGGAGAAAUAAGGAAGUGAAACAAAGACGACCUAAGCCUAACAAACAAUAGAAUUUUCCCUAAAAAACAAUUUGCCUUUAAUGUCUUGUUGUUUUUUUACCCCUGAUGUUACAAUAAAUGGAUCUUGUGUGAUUGACGUUCAGCCAUGGCUGAACAACCCGCGGCAGAAAUCCAGCUGCUUAGAAGCCUGAAGGCCAAGCUAAUAGACAUUCUGAGCAGCGAUGCGGACUACAUCCUGCAGCAUGCAGAUUCUCGCUCUCUGCUGUCUCCUCAUGGCUACCAGCACGUGAAAGCUUGUCGUGUUCCACAUGAGAAGGUCACAGAGCUGCUGGAUCGCAUAAUCCUGAGAGGGACCGAAGCAGCCCAGUUACUGCUAGAACUACUGAAAGACCCGGACCUGCAGGAAACCUUCCCAAGGCUUCAUUUUAUUAAGGAUUUUCAAGUGAACGCACCACUUUCAGGUGAAACAAACAAACAAGGAGCAGGAAAGAGACAUCACACUCCAGAUUUACAAGAGCCAGUUCCAAUAAAACAAACCAAAGGUUGUCCUUUAGUAACAGAGAAGCAGCUGAUGAUUGUCGCCCGAUCUGUUGGCAAAUCCUGGCGAGAAAUUGGCAGAAUGUCUCUGGACAUCCCCUCUGUAAAGCUGGAGCAGAUUGAGGAGGACCACACUACCCACAGGGAGCGCGUAUUUGCCAUGCUGAGAUACUGGAAAACCUGUCGGAGGCAAAACGCCACCGCUGCUCGCCUGCAUUCACUACUUAGUGAGGGAGAGCUGGCACUACCAGCAGAAAGCCUUGAAGUUCUAUCAGAGACAAUCUAGUACCUGUUGGGAGAUGAGAAGGGGGACAUUUUUAGUUAAAAUUAGUGUUUUUCUUUUUAUAAAGACUAUGAUAUGAUAUCAAUUAAAUGCAAAACCUAAACUCAAAAAGGUUGCAUUUACAGCUAUGGCUUUGGGUUAUGUUUUACAGGUUUUCAAAGAAUAAAAAAGAACUAUAAAUAACUGCUAGAUAAUGUUGUUUAACAGUUUUCCUAUGUAUGAAACCCUUGUAAGCUUGUACAUUAGAUCUGUAUGAAGGUUUGUGAAAGCCUGAAACAACAACACAACAAUGGUUUGUCUGUGUUAAGUUAAACUUUUUAUUUCAGUGGUAUGUUUUGAGCUGUUUAUAUAGUUUAAAGAGAAGUAUUUGUAGAAAUUGUAAAUAUAAAUUAUCUUUUUCUUUGGA